GGCUGUGGCUGGUCUCUGCCCUGAUGCUGCUCUGGGCGCCGGGCGGGCUGCGGGCGCUGGGGCGGCCGCCGCGAGAGCUGCGCUACGAUGCAGUUGAAUCCAUGCUCUCAGAUUAUGACAUCCUUUCUCAGUCCAGUAUCCAGCAGCACUCACUGAAGAAGAGAGACCUCCAGCCUGAGACUCAUGUAGAGAGGCUUUUAAGUUUCUCAGCCCUGCAAAGGCACUUUAAAUUAUACCUAACUGCAACUGCUGAACACUUUUCAGAAAAAUUUCAAGCAUUAAUUGUGGAUGGUGAAGGCAAGGAAAAGGAGUAUCAUGUUCAAUGGCAAGACUUUUUCACUGGACAUGUUGUUGGGGAGCAUAAUUCCAAGGUUGUGGCACACAUUGGGGAUGAAGACUUUACUGUAAGAAUCAAUACUGAUGGAGAAGAAUAUAAUAUAGAGCCCCUGUGGAGAUUUAUAGAUAAUGUUCAAGAUGAAAGAUUGCUGGUCUACAGAUCUGAAGAUAUUAAAGAUUUCUCACGUCUGCAAUCCCCCAAAGUAUGUGGUUAUUUAAAGCUGAAUGAAGAGGAUCUUUUACCUAAAGGACUGGAAGAGAGUAAGCAAAAUGAAGCCAGCAUCCACCGGGAGAAAAGAGCCAUUCCAGACAGCUCCAAAGAUACGUGCAAGAUGUUGGUAGUGGCAGACCAUCGGUUUUUCAAGUACAUGGGCCGCGGGGAAGAGAGCACUACUAUAAACUAUUUGAUUGAAUUGAUAGACAGAGUGGAUGACAUCUACCGAAAUACUUCCUGGGACAAUGGGGCCUUCAAAGGUUAUGGCAUACAGAUAGAGCAGAUUAUCAUCCACAGUGAACCAGAACAUGUAGAACCUGGAGAAAAGCAUUACAAUAUGGCAAAAAGUUACCCAGAUGACAAGAAGGAUGCCUGGGAUGUGAAAAUGCUGCUAGAGCAAUUUAGCUUUGAUAUUGCUGAGAAAGCAGCUCAUGUGUGCCUUGCUCAUCUCUUCACAUACCAAGAUUUUGAUAUGGGAACACUUGGACUGGCUUAUGUUGGUUCUCCCAGACCUAACAGCCAUGGUGGCAUUUGUCCUAAAGCUUAUCACAGUCCAAUUGUAAAGAAAGACAUCUAUCUGAACAGUGGCUUAACCAGCACCAAGAACUAUGGGAAGACCAUCCUCACAAAGGAGGCCGACUUGGUUACAACACAUGAACUUGGCCAUAACUUUGGAGCAGAGCACGAUCCUGACAGUCUGCCAGAAUGUGCCCCCACAGAGGACCAGGGAGGGAAAUAUGUUAUGUAUCCAAUUGCUGUCAGUGGAGAUCAUGAAAACAAUAAGAUGUUUUCAAGCUGCAGCAAAAAAUCCAUCCAUAGGACCAUAGAGAUCAAGGCUCAGGAGUGCUUCAAAGAGCGCAACAACAAAGUGUGUGGGAACUCCAGGGUGGACGAAGGGGAGGAAUGCGAUCCUGGCCUCUUGUACCAACAAGCUGAUCCCUGCUGCUCUGCAGACUGCAAACUGAAAGAUGGUGCCAAAUGCAGUGAUCGGAACAGCCCCUGCUGUAAAGGCUGCCAGUUUGAAAGUGCCCAGAAGAAAUGCCAAGAAGCCAUAAAUGCCACUUGUAAAGGAGAGUCUUUUUGCACGGGGAACAGCAGCGAGUGCCCUCCUCCUGGGAAUGCUCCAGACGACACAAUCUGUGUGGACAUGGGGAAGUGCAAGGAUGGCGAGUGCAUCCCUUUCUGCGAGAGGGAGAAGAACCUUCGCUCGUGUGCCUGCAAUGAAACGGAUAACUCCUGCAAGGUGUGCUGCCGGGACGAGCAGGAUCGGUGCACGCCGUACGUCGAUGCCAACCACCAGUUCCUGUUUCUGCGCAAGGGGAAGCCUUGUACCGUGGGCUUCUGUGACACAAAUGGCAAAUGUGAGAAGCAAGUACAGGAUGUGAUUGAACGAUUUUGGGAUUUCAUAGACCAGCUUAGCAUCAACACCUUCGGGAAGUUCCUGGCAGAUAACAUAGUGGGCUCUGUGCUCGUCUUCUCCUUGCUGUUUUGGAUUCCUCUCAGCAUCCUUGUGCACUGUGUGGACAAGAAAUUGGACAAGCAAUAUGAGGAAAACAACAAGUCUCUGUUCUGUGCCAGUGGAAGAAGGGAGGAAGAGCGGCUUUCAGACCACCGGCAGAGGCGCAGCUGCUCAGCCGAGGUGCCUUUAGCCAGUUCUCCUUGCUGCCAGCACCCAAAGCGAGUGCUGACUGAGAACCUGGUUGCCUCCCCCACUGAUGAGGCCACUCGUGUCUUGCAGAACGUGGAGGUGCCCAGCAGCCUGGACUCAGCCUCUGUGCGUAUCGUGAAGCCCUUCCCCACAGCGCAGCCCACCAGCCGGCACCAACCCCUGCAGCCCAUCGUGGCUGCGCCUGCAGCCGCCGCUGCUCCCAAGCAGGACCACCAAAGAAUGGACACAAUUCAGGAGGACCCCAGCACCGACUCUCAUAUUGACGAGGACGGGUUUGAGAAGGACCCUUUCCCAAACAGCAGCUCGGCUGCCAAAUCUUUUGAGGACUUGACAGAGCAUCCUGUCACCAGGAGUGAGAAAGCGUCGUCUUUUAAACUGCAGCGCCAGAACCGAGUGGACAGCAAGGAGACGGAGUGCUGAUGUCCCGCUGCCUCCACCGCGCGGCUCCCGCCUGCAGAAGUUCCUCUGGAUCUAAAACCAUUUCAUUUCUAUAAAUACAGAUAUAUGUAUAUAUAUUUUUGUGAGGGAGUGGGAGAAAUAAGGAAGCGACCUACUGCAGAUGCUGGUCAUGUGUAUGACCUUCCUUAAAUUACAUUUAUUAGAGCAUUAUAUCUUUUAAAAACCGGAACUCCACAUGGAGACAGUCUUGGUUUUGAAGCUCAUUGGAUUUUUUCUACUUUCUUGACCUCUAACAUUUCCUUCAACCUGUGGUGCAGAACAGAAUAUCCUCCAGGAUAUCACGUUGUGUGUAUAUCUGCCUUUUGUAAUGUCGUAUUUUGCAGUCUGGUGGCACUGACAGAUGAAAUUAAAGGGCUUUGCCAGCAAAGCAAAGCAAAGCAAAUACUCCACAGUGCUCCAUGUGGAGCAGAUCCUAUGAGGUACAGGUAAGCCAAAGUAUAAGCAUUACACGUACCUGGAGAACAGAAGGAAACAGGUAAAAUACUUGGCAUAUAAUGUGGAGAUGCAUAUCAGCAUCAAGGAGUUUGUGAGAAAGCUUCUCAAUAAAUAGUAGGGUUGUGCAGAGGCUGUUAAACCCUGCUCAGUGUAUGGAGAUGCCCCUCUAGCUGUGAGGCUGCCCUGUCCCUGUGUUUUUACUGCAGGGAAAUGUUCCCCCUGCGAGUUUUCCCACUGCAGUGGGGUGCAGGGGGCAAGGGAGGGAAGGGAAAGAAGUGGAGAAAUCACGUAUGCAGACGAGAGCUGUUUGAACCACUUAUGGACGUUUCAGUGCAGAAAUGUUUCUCUGAUUUUUCUGUUGAUUAUUGAGAAGGUUAACACUAUUGUUGAGCUAUUCAAAGGGCUGAGCCUGGGAAGCUCUUAAAAAUCACUGCAAGAGUUCUGCACUCCAUGCAGGGGAGCAGUUGUGAAUUUGAACAAUGAAAAAGCAAGCUUUGUUAGACUUACUUACAGGGCCUGUGCUGUGCUAGGGAGAUGUUGUAAACUCCACUUUCCCUACAGCUAGUACAGUGUGAUGUUAACAGCUGGUAACUUGUUGGUGCCCUUCAGUUGGAGCUCUGUAACAUGGGAUGCGUGGGCCAGAAGCGGUGCCAUAGCCUGAGUUCAGCCUGAUCUCAGGUGGGCUGACAGGGUGAGUCACAGAGCAGCUGUCAUGGAAGCAGAGCGCCUUAUUGUGCCUGUUUUCUCCCCUAAGAAUGCAUUGUUAAAGCUGACAUGGUGCGUGAAUGGAUGGGAACCAUUUUACCUGUUACAGGCCUGCACUCAGCCACCAGGGAGGCAGAGCUGGGGCAAGCCUUGGAGUUCGUAAAUGUGAUGGAAAGGAAGCAAACCUGUGAUGAGAGGAGCGUGAGCACCGCUCUGCCUUCCCCACCCAAAUACUUGUUACACUGAUACUUGAAUGUGUGCCUUACGGUGUUCUGAUAGCCCUUCUUUUAUAUACUGGUUUUGGUUUGGUUGUUUUGUUGCUUUUGUGUUGUUUUUUUUUGAUUCAGUGCAGAGUACAUGUGUGAGGAGUUAAUUUAAUUCCCAGUACAGUAAAAGCUUUUUGUAUUAAAAUCAAUUAAACAAAAA